UUUCUUUCUUUUAUCCAAAACAACAUGCGUUCUCGUAUUCUUCGUGAUAUUAAAGCUCGCCAAUCCCUUGCUGAUAACGAAUUGACUCGUCAAGCCUAUCGAUAUAUCACUCGUAACGAAACUCUUCCUGCUCGUGUUCGUCAUCAAGCUCAACUUGCUCUCAAUGCUAUGCCUAAACAAUCUUCUCCUACUUACAUCUCUAAUCGUUGUGUUGCCACUGGUCAUGGUUCUGGUAUCUUACGUGAAUUCAAACUAUGUCGAUUUCAAUUCCGUUUGAAGGCUUUGAAUGGUGAAUUACCUGGUGUCAAGAAAGCUUCUUGGUAAAUGGGUAUUCUUCUCCAUUUUUGAUAUCUUCUUUUGAUCUUUUUUUUUUCCCUAUGACUUUCUUCUUUUUUUUCUUCUUUCUCUUACAUCGACAUCCGCACAAUGCUCUCACAUACACACACAACAAAACAAACAUAUACAUUCACAUAUAUUUUUAUAAAUGUAACCCUUUCCUAUCUUCAUUGUACAGUAUUAUCCUUCUUUUUAUUAUUAUUUUAUUCUAUAUAGACUUACAAAAUAUCAAUCAAAAUAAAAACAUCCAAAAGCAAAAAUGAUCUAUUUUUGUCUAUUUCAUUUUA